CCCACUCAGCCCGCCAUGGCGUCUCAGCUCCGGCUCCGCUCCGCGCUGGCCCUGGUCACAGGUGCGGGCAGCGGCAUCGGCCGGGCGGUCAGCGCGCGGCUGGAAGGGGCCGCCGUGGCCGCCUGCGACCUGGACGGGGCAGCAGCACGGGAGACCGUGCGGCUGCUGGGAGGGCCGGGGAGCGAGGAGGGGGCGCCCGGCAGGAAGCACGCCGCCUUCCAGGCCGAUGUGUCUGAGGCCAAGGCCGCCAGGCGCCUGCUGGAACAAGUGCAGGCCUGCUUUUCUCGCCCGCCAUCUGUCGUUGUGUCCUGUGCGGGCAUCACCCGGGAUGAGUUUCUGCUCCACAUGUCUGAGGAUGACUGGGACAGAGUCAUAGCUGUCAAUCUCAAGGGCAUCUUCCUAGUCACCCAGGCGGCAGCCCAAGCCCUGGUGUCCAGUGGUUGUCAUGGCUCCAUCAUCAACAUCAGUAGCAUCGUGGGGAAGGUGGGGAACAUGGGGCAGACAAAUUAUGCCGCCUCCAAAGCUGGAGUGGUGGGGCUGACCCAGACUGCGGCCAAGGAGCUGGGCAGACACGGCAUCCGCUGUAACUCUGUCCUCCCAGGGUUCAUUGCAACACCCAUGACACAGAAAGUGCCACAGAAAGUGUUGGACAAGGUGACCAGAAUGAUCCCAAUGGGACACUUGGGGGCCCCUGAGGAUGUGGCAGAUGUGGUUGCAUUCUUGGCAUCUGAAGACAGCGGAUACAUCACCGGAGCCUCAGUGGAAGUCACUGGAGGUCUUUUCAUGUGACGGCCUCAAGGACCCUGGACUCUGCUCACUCUCCCACCACUCCGCACAGCCUCCUGCUGACGAGGACUCUUAAGUUCCCAGGCUACAAAAGGGGUGGCAGUGUAUGGCUCACAGGGGUGCUGAAUAUGGGAGGCAGGGGUGCUUGUGACCCUAAUAAAUUCCAAAUCCUCUUCCCUGCCA